UUUCAGAUUUUAAUAUUGGUGUUUUCCAUUAUAAGAAAGAGAUUCUGGGACUAUGGUCGUGUUGCUCUUGUGUCAGAAACUGAAAGUGAAUCAAGGUACAGCCGGUUGUCGACCUCCUCAUCAGUGCCUGAAGAGCUAGAAUAUGACAGUGGAUUUUGUUCUUGGAUGACAGCUGCCUUUCGGAUGCAUGAUGACGAGAUUCAUGACAGAUGUGGUGAAGAUGCCAUACAUUACCUUGCCUUCCAGCGUCACAUCAUUUGCUUGUUGAUUGCUGUCAGCAUCUUGUCUGUGUGUAUCAUACUGCCUGUCAACCUGUCAGGUGAUCUACUUGAUAAAGAUCCCUAUAGUUUUGGAAGAACAACUAUUGUAAAUUUGCAAACCGGUAACAAUCUUCUUUGGCUGCACACCGUUUUUGCCGUUGUUUACCUGAUUCUGACUGUUGUCUUCAUGAGACACCACAUGAAGUAUGUCACGUACAAGGAGGAAGAUAUAGUUAAGUGCACGUUAUUUGUAACUGGUCUUCCUAAAAAUGCAAAAGAAGAGGUCAUACAAGGCCAUUUCACGUCUGCUUACCCUACUUGCAAUGUGCUAGAGGUGCAGCUAUGUUAUGAUGUAGCCAGGCUAAUCUAUCUAUUCAAAAAAAGAAAACAGGCAGAAAAAAGCCUGAGUUACUAUAAACAUCUGUAUCAGAAGUAUGGCAAGCGAGUCCAAAUCAGCACUAAGCCAUUUGGUCAGUUCUGCUGUUGUGAAGUAAGAGGCUGUGAAAGGGAAGAUGCUAUAGAAUAUUAUACCAAAGUUACAAAUAAACUGACAGAAGAAUGCACAGGAGAGGAACUGACUGUUUAUAAUAAUCCACUGGGCAUGGCUUUUGUAACCUUCCAGGAGAAAUCCAUGGCGACAUAUAUCCUUAAGGACUUCAAUGCCUGCAAAUGUCAGAGUAUUAAGUGUAAAGGAGAACCUCAGCCAUCCUCCUACAGUAGAGAGCUUGGUAUAUCGAACUGGAGGGUUACAUAUGCUCCAUAUCCUGAGAAUAUCUGUUGGAAUAAUCUUUCCGUGUGUGGGCUGAAAUGGUGGUUUAGAUGGUUUUGCAUUAAUUUGCUGCUUUUUAUCGUGCUGUUUUUUCUCACUACUCCUUCCAUAAUCAUCUCAACCAUGGACAAGUUCAAUGUCACUAAACCUAUUCGUUACCUUAAUAAUCCCAUCGUCAGUCAGUUUUUCCCAACACUCUUGCUGUGGUCCUUCUCGGCUUUGCUACCAACAAUUGUGUAUUAUUCAACUCUGCUGGAGUCCCACUGGACAAAAUCUGGAGAAAACAGAAUUAUGAUGCAUAAAGUCUACAUUUUUUUGAUCUUCAUGGUGUUGAUUCUGCCCUCCCUUGGUCUGACCAGCCUUGAUUUCUUUUUCCGUUGGCUGUUUGACAGAGAAUCAUCUGAAUCUAAAGUCAGGCUGGAAUGUGUCUUUUUGCCUGACCAGGGAGCCUUCUUUGUGAACUAUGUCAUUGCCUCUGCUUUCAUUGGCAACGGGAUGGAGCUGCUGCGCCUGCCUGGCCUCAUCCUUUACACCAUACGCAUGAUAAUGGCCAAGUCCACAGCAGAAAGGAAAAAUAUCAAACAGCAACAAGCAUUUGAAUAUGAAUUUGGAGCAAUGUACGCCUGGAUGUUAUGUGUGUUCACUGUCAUCAUGGCCUACAGCAUCACCUGCCCCAUCAUUGUGCCGUUCGGCUUAAUAUAUAUCCUCCUGAAGCACAUGGUCGACCGGCACAAUCUUUACUACGCGUAUCUCCCGGCUAAGCUGGAGAAGAAGAUCCACUUUGCAGCUGUGAAUCAGGCCCUGGCAGCUCCAAUCCUCUGCCUGUUCUGGCUCUACUUUUUCUCAUUUUUGCGGCUAGGAUUCAGAGCACCCACAACCAUGUUCACCUGCCUGGUUGUCAGCAUCACCAUUUUUAUUUGCUUGGCUUAUACCUGUUUUGGCUGCUUCAAGUACCUGAGCCCCUUGAACUACAAGAUAGAAGACUUGCAAGGAGAAAGAGGAAACGACUCAGAUGUACGAGCCUUCCCAGCACCUUCCAAAUAUGUCCCCCGAGUCUUGCAUCCGCAGUCUACGGAAAGGACGGCCCUGACCCACAGAGAGCAGCACUCCUAUGGCACCAUGGAGGACACUCUGUCCCAGACAGAAGAAGACAGAAGCUUCUCUGCAGGACCUGCAAGUACUGAGCAGUCGUCAAAGGGUUCCCUCUGAAUACCCAGGGCUAGCACGAGGUGGAGCACUUGGUCCAGCUUUACAAGAACUCAUUUCCCCACCACCACCCCCUGAGCAUUCGGAUUUAUUUACACAUUCCUGCCUACAGAAAAGAUAGAGGAGUAAUUCACUGUGUGGUCUGCAGCUGUGC